AUGAUUUUCAGCACCAUCAUCAAGAUGUGGUCCAGUAAAAGUCUUAACGCUUUGCAAGAAUUGCACGUGCUAUCAGACUCGGAUAGUCUGUCCGUAACUACGGAAGACUAUGAAAUGUUCAUUGAUUUGUACAAUGAUCCAAGAGUGAAGUGGUUCAGGGACCGUAUCCUUGCCUUCAUCGGCAUGGAUGACGAAGAACUCUUCUACAACAUGUUGGAUUACGAAGACGCUAAGCAGAAGUUCAUAAACUUCUUAAUGACCACUAUCAAGUCUGGUGAAAUGUCUCUGAACAAGAGAAUGAUGUAUGUAUCCAAAGUGAUUGUCGACAAGUUGAUUCAUGAAGAUAAGGAAUUUACUGAGUGGAGAAUCAUACCACCAGUGAUUGUGGAGGCCCCACCCCAAAAAGGUAAGAAGGGUAAGGGGAAAGGUAAAGAAGCGAAGAAGCCGGAGGGUGAGGAUGGUAAAUUGGCAAAAGGCAAAGGCCAAAAGGGUGCUAAGACCACAAAAAGCAAAAUAGAUGAAAUUCUUCCUACUACUGGUGAAAUGGAUGUGGAAACAGCAGCAGGUGCCAUGAUAGGCGCCGGUGAUGAUGACGAGAAGAUAAUGAAAGAAGACGAUGGAACUUCUGUAACCACUGAGGACAAAUACUAUUUUCCGCCACAGAUCAGUACCCCGUGUAAUACAAUAUCCUCAACUGAUCCCAAUCUUCGGCGAGCUGACUCCUCAACUAGCGCACCGCAACCGUCGCUACCUCUAUUUUUUACGGCAGAUACAAGAGCCCAUACCUCUCAGUGA